GUGUUUGUCCCGAGACAGUGGGUGUACAGAUAGGGGUCUUGUUCCGAUAUAUAACAUGUCUCCCACAGACAGUCUGUGAACCGGAGACACAAGAGCCCGUGUUUUGUCUGUCAGUGAAAGGUAUUGGAUCCUGUCGUGGCGGCGCGCGGCCAUGUGAGAUACCUUGAUAGCGCGAGGCGGCCGGGAGUAAUAUUCGACAUCUUUAAUAUUUCUCUAAGGACAUCAAUGUGAAGGAGAGCUUACGUCACGAGUGUGACACGACAUAAUGAAGAAACGGGUUCUUACGAGAUUUGACGAGAAACAGAUAGAGUUGGACCGCAUUAAAAAUGACUUCCGUCGUCACCUCGGCCGGUUGAACAGUCUCCGACUUCACUACAGGAACUGGUUUGACAGACAAUUCCAGUCUUUUGUGGACAGUAUUAAAAUUGUGCAGUUGACAUUCCCAUGCUUAGUGCCACGAGAGAUUGUGUAUAUGUCGCACUUUCUACAGAUAUUUGAGUUUGUAAAAAAACUGCCUCAAAAUGGCAGAACGUUUGGUCGCAACUUAGACAAGAUGACACAGUUUCAUGACUUCUGGACUACCUUCUGUGAACUGAAGAAAGAAGGGGACGCUCUCAACGCUUCAAUGUGUGCUUUCUGUGAUAGUAUUACACGUUUACGUGAACCCCAUCUGAGGCUGGACAUUGAUAACAUGCAAGCUCGCCUCGACCAAGCCAGCAAUCAAGAUUACAAUUUCACUAAACUACACAACGAGAGGGAUAAUUUAUUUGUUUAUCGGAUAGCUGGCCAUGACGACAAACUCCAACCUCUGGUUGGCUACCUACCUUAUCUACUAAAGAUCGCUACUGGCAUAUGUUACUGGUCUACUAGACUGUACAUAGAGAAGGAGUAGGUACAGCUAACUUGAAAGAGGAACAAAUCUCAGCCAGUGGCCUGUUUCUAGUUGCUCCUGGUUAAUGCAAGAUGUGAUAAUGAGGCACUGUCUCUGUGUAUCAAGGUCGCGCAUAUAGAUGACUGUUUACAAGCAAAGUGGCCUUGAAACACUUUAAUCAAAUGUGCCGUGAUUAGUCAAUUCCUCAAUAGCAGGGAUCCAUCAAAGUCGUGUAUUUAUCUAUUGACUUGUUUAAUAUACUAAUUUCAUGUAGAGUGUUAUAGGUGCAUUAUGCCUUGACACUCAGCCCAGUCGUGGCAUGUUAUGUACUCCACCCCUGGUCCUGGAAUCAGAUUAUUGCUAAAACGGCACUGCGUCAAGACGUUCACAGAAUGGAAAAGAGAUUGUCGACAAAGUCUUCUGGUCAGGUCAGUUUGUUACAGAUUUGAUGCGGUGCCAUUGUAGCUUCGUCCCCUGACACCAGUGACCACUGUGAUCUAUGUUCGGUCUGUUUGCCACAUAGUAUUCGGACCUUCUGUCCAGUGGUGUACAUGGGACUAAAAACUGUUUUGUGAUCAGGUGGAUAUUGGCUCAACAGGAAUUGUUAUGGUGAUGUUCUGACUCGUACUCCAUCUUCGUCACCCAUAUUCUAAACUACUUGACGCUCAUUUGCACACUUACGAAUUUUUUGGCACACUCAAACAACCAAGUUCAACUCCCGUCUUGUGUCACGACCACCUCGUACCUGCUGUGAUCUCGCUAAUAUAUUGAGUAAAGCGGAGUAAAACCCUACACACACACUCCUGUAAAGGACCACCAUCUGGUGUAGUGAAUACAGUAUCGGUCGGGACAACGGACAGCUGGCUGGCGGAUACCCGGCCUCGUCCUGCUGAAAAUAGAUAUGCUGCUUGUUGUUACCAUGCCUGCAGCCUUGAAGUCUGAAACAAGCACUGGCCCUCGGGAGUCACUGUAAUGUGUCUGCGUGUAUCCAUGAUACAACGCGGCCUGUCAUCUCAGUAAGUAACCUCUACAAAAAGGGGCAUUCGUCCAGGGCCCCGUUCCUCAAACCGACCGUAGGGCUACGACAGUCGUAAGUCUAUGUUAAAGUAUGGGAGUUACGAUCAUCUUAGCUCUACGAUCGCUUUGUGUAACGGGACCCGGGCUAGUAAAAGCAGCUACACAUACGUGCAUGCCCGUCGAUAUAUGACAGCGCUGAGCAUGUCAUGAAGAUCAUGGUCCGUGCUUACCAUGCAGAUAAACAUCUGAUUUGGGUGAGAACACACCAUUUACUUUGAAUCAAAUAUACUAUACUGAACACAAGCACAUUUCGUAUUAGAAGUUUGUUUGAACCGCCGCUUUGAACAGUAUUAAAGCUUGCAUCAGCUUGGUGUCGGGUGAACGAUUUGAAUGAAUCAUACAUAAAAUCUUUACCACGCCUAAACUUCAAAACGGAAAUGGUCCUGACAAAGAGCAUAAUGUAAAGGAAAUGGAUUGGAACACACUAGCGGAUCCAGUUGCGAUUAUGGGACACAACUCUGCAUGCACGAAUGAUUGUAGGAAUGAAUUUUAAGAAAGAUAUGUGUGCCGACGACGCCAUGUAAUGACACUUUAUAAAUUCAGAAUCUUAGAUGUGCUAUUAAAACUGAUACCUCUU